AAAGUUACAUUUCACUUUGAAAAACUUGAUGAAUAGCAGCCUGCUCCAUGAGGCUCAUUGAAUUGCAUUUUUUCAGGCGACAUCUUGUUCUAGCCACGAGAACGUUAAAGAAUCAGUGUGUCAAGUAAUCAUUUCAGGAGCUGAAUCACGUGCCCUCGGCUAAAAGCUUCAAGUGCCACGCGGACAACGGUGACACGAACGGCGCUUUCGAUGAGCAUGAAACAAAUGUGUCAAAAUACACAUAAAUGCGGAGUAUCCAUUCCCACAGUUUCUCUGCAAAUAUGUCGUUGCAAAAUAUCGACGAGACGUUUGAAAUACAGGAAGAUAAUAGCGACCGAUUCCAUCCGGUAUUUACAGUCAGAUAUAGACAAAACUCAAUCAGCACGAUUGAUUCGAUUCCAAGUGUGGGAUCACAAAAAUUACCUAUCAUAAAGAUUUUGGGCACAGGCGGCACAAUUGCAUCUAAAGGCGCCCUGGAAAUUCCUCAACCAGGCUACCAUGUCGAUUUGACUAUCGAAGACUUGAUGGCAUCUGUUCCCGACUUGACUCACACGUGCGAGUUGGAGUUUGAGCAGGUAUUUAACAUCGACUCUAAGGAAAUCACGACCAAACAUCUUCUACACUUACGGAGUAAAGUGCAAGAAAGCAUCCAGAAUUUUGACGGCGUUGUGAUCACCCACGGAACAGACACGUUCGAAGAAACUGCUUUUUUCUUAGACUCAACAGUGGAUUUCAUGGACAAGCCUGUGGUGAUGUGCGGAUCGAUGAGACCUCUGACAUCUGUAUCCGCUGACGGCCCUUCUAACUUGUACCAGGCAUGCGUUGUUGCUUCCGACAAACAGAGUCGGGGUAGAGGGGUAUUGGUAACACUCAACGACAAGAUUGGCUCGGGAUACUAUAUUAGUAAGACAGAUGCAAACUCAUUAGACACUUUCAAGUCUUUGGGCCACGGUUAUUUGGGAAAUUUCGUGGCAGGUGAAGCUCACUAUUACUUCCCUGCACUGAAGCCCAGCGGGCUUAGAAACUUCCAACUUCCGGCAUUCUAUAAUGGAUGUCUCCCCGAGGUCGCCAUAUUCUAUGCACACCAGAACUUUAACAACGACUUGAUUUUAUUAGCCGUCGAGCACAUGCAGCUUCAGGGUAUCGUCAUGGCCACCAUGGGUGCUGGGUCUUUGUCAGACCUGACGAAUAAGUUACUCGGUGAAAUCUCUUCUGAGCAUCAGCUUCCUGUGAUUUACUCCAAAAGAUCGACUGACGGUAUGAUCCCAGUUAGUGGACUUCCCAAGAAUGAUAAUACAUAUCUUGUUGCUAGCGGAUAUUUGAAUCCACCUAAGGCAAGAAUUUUGCUUCAGUUGUGUCUUUUUGAGAAAAUGGACAUACGGCAAAUCAAGAGAGUGUUCUCUGGUGUCUACGGAGGUUGAGUUUUGAUUUUUUUUUUUU